CUCGCUGCCAGGAUGAAGUACGCGCUCCUGCCUCUCACCGUCGUGUCGGCCAUCGUCACCCUCGUCUCGGCAGAGUCGGCCCCGGCCUUCACCCCUACGAGCGUAAAGGGCAUCUUUGUCGAGCAGUUCGACACCGGCCUCGACCGCUGGUCCCCGUCAAAGGCCACAAAGACCGAGCGCGACAACGAGGUCUUCUCGUACGUCGGCAAGUGGAGCGUCGAGGAGCCGUCCGUCUACCCGGGCAUCCCUGGCGACGAGGGCCUCGUCCUCAAGUCCAAGGCCGCCCACCACGCCAUCUCGGCCCCGCUCGACGCCCCCUUUGACCCCAAGGGCAAGCCUCUCGUCCUGUCGUACGAGGUCAAGCUCCAGAACGGCCUCGACUGCGGCGGCGCCUACAUCAAGCUCCUCACCGAGAGCGCCGAGGGUAUCCAAGCCGAGGAGUUCUCGGACAAGACCCCCUACACCAUCAUGUUUGGCCCGGACCGCUGCGGCUCGACGAGCAAGGUCCACUUCAUCUUCCGCCACGUCAACCCGAUCACGGGCGAGAUCGAGGAGAAGCACCUCACGGCGCCGCCGUCGCCGCGCAUCACCAAGACGACGGCCGUCUACACGCUCGUUGUGCGCCCCGACCAGACGUUCGAGAUCUCGAUCAACGGCGACAAGGCCAAGUCGGGCUCGCUCCUCGAGGACUUUACGCCCGCCGUCAACCCGCCGAUCGACAUUGACGACCCCAACGACAAGAAGCCGAGCGACUGGGUCGAGACGCCCAAGAUCUCGGACCCGCACGCCGUCAAGCCGGCCGACUGGGACGAGGACGCGCCGGCGACCAUCCCCGACCCGGACGCCGUCAAGCCCGCCGGCUGGCUCGAGGACGAGUCGCCUGUCGUGCCCGACCCGGACGCGGUCAAGCCCGACGAGUGGAGCGACGAGGACGACGGCGACUGGGUCGCGCCCCUCGUGAGCAACCCCAAGUGCGAGGCGGCGCCGGGCUGCGGCGAGUGGAAGCGUCCCGAGGUGCCCAACCCCGACUUCAAGGGCAAGUGGUUCGCGCCGCUCGUCGACAACCCGGACUACAAGGGCCCGUGGGCUCCUCGCAAGAUCGCCAACCCCAACUUCUUCGCCGACAUGCGCCCGUCCGACUUUUCGCCGAUCGGCGGCGUCGGCUUUGAGCUGUGGUCCAUGACCGACUCGAUCCUGUUCGACAACAUCUUCCUGUCCGACUCGGAGGCCGACCUCGAGACGUUCCUCGACGAGACGUACCGCGUCAAGGCGCCGCUCGAGGCGGCGCUCGAGGCCAAGGACAAGCCCGCCGCCGACGAGCACGACCACGACCACGGCAAGAAGGCGACCGCCGAGCCCGACCUCAAGGCCGACCCGGUCGCGUGGGCCAAGUUCAAGGCGCAGCAGUUCCUCGACGAGGCGCUCGUCGACCCCAAGCGCGCGUUCGUCGACCGCCCGCUCGUCGGUGGCGCGCUCGGCCUCGCGCUCGCCAUGAUUGUCGGCCUCGCCGGCGUCAUCCUGAGCCUCGCGCUGCCCGCCGGCGCCGCCGCCGCUCCCGCCUCGCGCGCCGUCGCCGACAAGGUGCCGUCGUCGGGCGAGGUCAAGAAGCAGGCGCAGGCGGUCAAGGACAAGGCGUCGACGGCCGUCGCCGACUUCAAGGCCAAGGGCGCCGAGGUGGCCGACGACCUCAAGAAGAGCGGCGAGCCGACGGCGGUCGGCACGGCGGGCGAGCUCAAGGUCGGCGGCGAGAAGGACCUCGACACGGUCGCCGACGCCAUGGCGACCCAGGACCCGGGCGUCAGGACGAGGGCCAAGGCGCGCAAGAGCCGCGAGGGCGACGAGUCGGCGUGAGCGGGCGUAGGUCGUGCUCGCUCCGUCUCGGGCGCUUUCCCCCUCGCCGGGGCCUCUCUGGACUCGAGCUCCCUCUCUCUCUCUCCUUCUCUCCCUCCCUCGAUGACCAAAACGCAGCAUUCGUGGCCCCGCUUGUCCCGUUGUCCCGUUGUCCCCUCCUCUCGUCCCUCUCUCCCACUCUCUGCGUGCCCUCCUCCUCCCGAUUAGUCGUUCCUCCCUCGCUCUCCCUCUGCAAUUCAGUCCUCUCGCAAGUCUGCCGC